GCUGCGGCCACCACAAUCCCGACGGCAUCGACUUCCGCUUACCCCCCACCCGCGACACCCAAGCCCAUUACGGAGAAUUCCCCUGGAUGGUGGCGGUCCUCCGCGAAACCACCGACGACAACCCCCAGAAAUCUCACGUGUACCAGUGCGGGGGCAGCCUCAUUACCGCCUCCGUCGUACUAACCGCCGCCCACUGCGUCACCAACAAGAACCACUUCAAAAUCCGCGCCGGGGAAUGGGACACCCAGACCAACAAAGAACUGUACCCGUACCAGGAGCGCGAAGUGGAAACCAUCAUAGUGCACCCCCAGUACUACCCCAAGACACUACACAACGAUAUAGCGUUACUCUUCUUGAAAACCCCGGUGGAAAUCGCUGAGAACGUAAACGUGGUUUGCUUACCACCUCAAGGUGGUACCGUGGAUCACGCCAGGUGUUAUUCCAGUGGAUGGGGGAAGGACGUGUUUGAUAAGGACGAUCGCUACCAGGUGAUCCUGCACAAGAUCGACCUUCCGGUGGUACCACGAGACACGUGCCAGGAAAGCUUGAGGAAGACGAGACUAGGGAAAGACUUUGAUCUUCACGAGAGCUUUAUUUGUGCAGGGGAGGCAGACAAAGACACGUGCAGAGGUGAUGGUGGAGGUCCUUUAGCUUGCCCGAUUCCAGGACAAAAGAAUCGGUACCAGCAAUCCGGGAUUUUGGCAUGGGGCAUCGGCUGUGUCGACACUCCUCAUGUCUUUGUCAACGUAGCCCUCUUCAGAAACUGGAUUGACGAACAAAUCAAGACCAAGGGUAUAGAAACCCGAUCUUACGAAUACUAAAACCAGUUUUAUUUUAUAACCCAAAUCUUCAAUAAAUAAAAACAAUUAACUACUCCUAUAAUAAAAUAUUUGUUUUAAUUUCGUUG